GCAACCUCUAAUCUUCCCCUUUCCUUCAAUUGCCCCCUUUCCCUCCUCAUCGCACCACCGCGCUUCCCCUCCCCUCCCCUCGCCAUCGCCUCCCGUCUCGUCUCGUCCUUCUCUUGCCUCCACCUGCAUCUCUACUUAGACACGCGCGCAGGCAGACGCAGGAACGCGCGAACGCACAAGGAAGAAGUGAGCGCAUCCUCCUCCAGCAGUCAUCAUCAGCAGCAGGCUUGCUGAGGCAGUUCUUGCUGGAUCGUGGUUGUUGCGCCUAAAGCCCUACGAUUCCCCUUUGCUGUUGCUUUCUGCAGGGCUGUGGAGUUUCUGAUUGCGGAUCAAGACCUUCAGGAAAGUACACAUACCGGACAUGAUGUGCGAGAGUCUCCUUUACAGGCUCUGGGACGCGUUCGACCUUCCUGCUUCCGCGUUCCCACCCACAUGAAACCCCUACAAAGCCGGGUCGUAGAGUCCAACUUGGCCAGUCAGAAAGUUCCCAAGACAGGUCAAAGGGGAGUGAUCAUAUCGAGAUGACUCAGCCAACUACCAAAGUUCCAGUAGGCUUUAGGUUCCAUCCCACGGACGAAGAACUAGUGGGCUAUUACCUUCCUAAGAAAGUCACAGCCCGGAAGAUCGACCUUGAUCUCAUUCGCGACCUAGAUCUUUACAAGCUUGAGCCGUGGGAUCUUCAAGAGCUCUGCAAGAUCCAGGCCGAUUCAAAUGAGAAGCAAACCGACUACUACUUCUUCAGUCGCAAGGACAAGAAGUAUCCAACUGGCAACCGAGCCAACCGUGCUACCACGAAGGGCUUCUGGAAGGCAACCGGGCGGGAUAAACCCAUCCACACCAAGCUCCAGACUUUGAUCGGCAUGCGCAAAACCCUCGUGUUCUACCAAGGCCGAGCUCCACAUGGCGUUAAGACCGACUGGAUCAUGCACGAGUUCCGCCUCGAUGACGGACCCGGCCGACCGGCGCACGAGGACGGUGGCUGGGUGGUCUGCCGCGUUUUUAAAAAGAACAAAAACCUGAAGCUGAAGUUGCAAGAAAAGGCGGUUUCUUACGAGGAGCAGUUGGGGCUUCCAUCGGAGCACAUGGGCUCUCCGGACAUCCUCUCCGGAGGUGCACGGUUUGCGUAUCCUGAACAGACUCGUUACGCCGACCAGCCCCAAUACGGGUCCAUCAAGCAGGAGAUUAUCAACCUGGACGAGUAUCAGUCGCGUCACUCGGACAUGUACGUGAACCAGUUCUCUGCGCAGAUGGAAAUGCCGACCAAGGUGGAGAACCAGAGCCAUUCUAUGCCGUCCUCCAGCAUUUCGGAUCAAGCCCGGUCGUAUCUGUGCCGCGUCUUAAGUUUCCGGCGACCAGACGACUAUCUGAACUUAAACCCCUACCCCGAGACCCCAGCCAACCCAGAGAAUUCCACGGAAUACACUGAGCCUCAAACCAGUGGAAGCGGAAGCGAUGGCGAUACUCACGAAGAGGAGUCAAUUCUUGGUAACUUGGACAGCGUGGACUGGAGUGCGUUGUUGCAAGAGCCGACGUCUGGGAAGGACUUGCGGUGCCCUACUCCGGUAUCGACAAAGGCCAACGCCGACGACAUGACAGCGCUAAUUCAGCUCAGACGGCAGAACUCGGAUAUCUUUUCGUCUCUCGAUCUUUGGAAUUAUGCGCAUGUCGCCCAGCAGACGUUGUGAGGCUCCUGGAGCGAACGUGUUCAUCGAUGAUUCAAACACACUGAUUCAGGUGGAGUGAUCAAUCAGCUUGCAAAGGUGACACGUCUUGCUAGCUUAAUUGAACUCCACCGCAACCAGCUCUUUGAAAUCACUGGUCAUGGUGAUUCAAAGGGUUGGGGGCAUUGUACAUGAAGAUCGAUGUAGCCCUUAGAGGCCGGGGCUUUAGCGAGCGCCGAGUUUGACCGAGAGACAGGGACGAUCAUAUGCAGAUAGAUCUGUACAGAUUCAGUCAGUCGAGCUAGAGAUCAGACCAUGGAGACCGAGAGCACCUUUCAAACCGCCGCACGUGGAUCUCCACUCUGGGAUAUCUGUGCAGGAACUCAAACUGAAGGGUCUCCAUUCUUGUUCGGUGGUCGUAUGGAGUACAUUGAAGCGGUCAUUUGAAAUCAUUAUAUGAUCAGCGGUCUCUCCUUUAAACUCAUGGAUAGAAUGAUUGCGCGCAGGGUGAAGAAAGAGCAGGAUACAUUGUCAUAGUUUCCAGUUGCAGAGUCGAGAGAAGUCUUGCACAUAACCCUUGCAUUGAUAGGUUCAAAGUUGCAUUGAGAAUGUUCAGGUCGAGUGGGGCGUGGAGUUGUACAUGGUUACAGAGUCAGAUUGCACACAGGAUAUUGUGAAUAAUUUGUACACGGAAUUUAAGAGAUUAUCAGCAUCACGCCUCGUGAUGUGAGGAGUCAUGUUUAUUAGCAGCAUUUUCCACACAUUGUGGAAGUUACAUUUGUAUCAAUAUAUCAUCGAUUUCUUAUUUCAUAAUGGAUUUACAUUUUCCUAUU